CUAUUUAAGGGCCCCUGUGCCCUGGCUUUCAGCUGUCUCCUGCUUCAGCCCUCCUCUCCCGGAGCUGCCCGAGGCUCGAGUGUCUCGCAACGCAUCCCGCCGCUGGGGCUGCCGCCGGGGCAUGGGCGCUGCGGGCCUGCUCUGCGUUUUCUUGGCUGUCAUCGCUCCAGGGGUUCUCGGUCAGUGUAAGCUCCUGCCAAGGUAUCAUUUUGCUAAGCCUAAAAUUAAGAGUGAUCAGUCUGAGUUUGCUGUUGGGACGUCUUGGGAAUAUGAAUGCCUUCCUGGGUAUAUCAAGAGGUCAUUCUUUAUCACCUGCCUAAAGACCUCCAAGUGGUCAGAUGCUCAGGAUUUCUGUAAACGUAAAUCAUGUACAAGUCCUGGAGAACUCCUCCAUGGCUCUGUCCUCAUACCCACGGGUGUCAUGCUUGGGUCAACAAUUACAUUUUCUUGUGAUCAAGGAUAUCGACUUUUUGGUGUUUCAUCUGCUACAUGUAUUAUCUCAGACAAUACUGUAACCUGGGAUAACGACAUGCCUUUUUGUGAAUCUAUUCCUUGUGGGCCACCCCCAGCUAUCUCCAAUGGGGACUUUUACAGCAGCAGUAGAGAGGACUUUUUCUAUGGAAUGGUGGUGACUUAUAAGUGCCACACUGGACCAAAUGGAAAAAAGCUGUUUGACCUUGUGGGUGAGAAGUCAAUAUAUUGUACCAGCAAAGACAAUCAAGUUGGCAUCUGGAGUGGCCCUGCCCCUCAGUGUAUUCUUCCAGUCAAAUGUCCAAUUCCAGAAGUUGAAAAUGGAAUUAUGGAAUCUGGAUUUGGACGUUCAUUUUCUUUAAAUGAUGCUGUGAUGUUUAGGUGUAAGCCUGGCUUUACCAUGAAAGGCAGCAACAUAGUAUGGUGCCAAUCAAACAGCAAAUGGAAUCCUCCACUGCCAAAGUGCUUUAAGGGGUGUCUACCACCUCCACAUAUCAACCAUGGUAGUUAUAACAUCUUGGAUAAGGAAUUCUUUCCAAUUGGACAGGAAGUGUCCUACAGCUGUGACCCUGGCUAUACCCUCAUUGGAACUAACCCUAUCCAGUGUACAUCCUUGGGAGCUUGGAGCUAUGCAGCCCCUGAAUGUGAAGCAAAAUCAUGCGAUGCCCUUCCAAACCAACUUCUCAAUGGCCGUGUGGUGACUCCUCCUAAUCUCCAGCUUGGGGCAGUGGUUUCAUUUGUUUGUGAUAAGGGGUACCGAUUAAGUGGCCAAUCUUCUAGUCAGUGUGUCUCAGAAGGAAUGAGAGUAUUCUGGAAUAAUACGUUUCCUGUCUGUGAACGGAUUUCUUGUGGCCCUCCUCCUGCUAUCAAAAAUGGUCGGAAUAGUUAUUCUUCUGGUCCCAUAUAUCUUAACACUGUGGUAAGGUACUCUUGUUUUAGUGCCUUCCGCCUCAUUGGAGAAAGAAGCCUUUUUUGUAUAAGUAAAGACCAAGUGAAAGGAAUCUGGGAUAAAGCUGCUCCUGUAUGUGAAUUUUAUAAUAGAAAUUCUUUCUGCUCUGAGCCCAUAGUACCAGGAGGAUACAGAGAUAAAAAAUCUAGACCACCAUACAGACAUGGUGAUUCUGUGACAUUUACCUGUAAUACCAACUUCACCAUGAAAGGAAACAAAUCUGUUUGGUGCCAAGCAAAUAAAACCUGGGGGCCAACACCACUACCCACCUGUGAGAGUGAUUUCCCCCAGGAGUGUCCGCCACUUCCCACCAUCUCCAGUGGAUCUCACACAGGGGAGGGGUUUGGCCCCUUUGCCCCAGGAUUAUCUGUGACUUAUAGCUGUGAACCUGGUUACUUGCUUGUUGGAGAAAAGACCAUUAGAUGUUUGUCUUCAGGAAAGUGGAGUGCUGUUAUUCCCACAUGUAAAGAGGCAGAGUGUGAACCCCCAGGACCAUUUCUCAAUGGACGGAUAAAGAGCCCUCCAAGUCUUCGGGUCGGUGCAACUGUGAACUUUGACUGUAAUGAAGGGUAUUGGUUACAAGGCCAACCUUCCAGUCAAUGUGUAAUUGCUGGACAGCAGGCUUCUUGGACCAGAAUGCCAGUAUGCAAAGAAAUUCUGUGCCCGCCACCUCCUUCUAUUCUCAAUGGAAGACAUACAGGAAGCUCUUUAGGGAAAAUUCUAUAUGGAAGCACAGUCACUUACACCUGUGACCCAGACCCAGAGAAAGGAGUGAGCUACAACCUUAUUGGGAAGAAGACUAUCCGUUGUAUCACCAACAGUCAGAAGACUGGGAUCUGGAGUGACCCUGCCCCAAGCUGUGAACUUUCUAGUUCUGCUGUUCAGUGUCCACCUCCCCAGAUCCUAAGAGGCCAGAUAUCAUCUGGACAGAAAGAACAAUAUUCCUAUAAUGACACUGUGGUAUUUUCUUGCUCAUAUGGCUUCACCCUGAAAGGCAGCAAGGCAAUCCGAUGUACUGCCCAAGGCGCAUGGGAGCCGUUGGCACCAGUCUGUGAAAAGGAGUGCCAAGCCCCUCCUAAAAUCCUCAAUGGGCAGAAGGAAGAUGGACACAUGGUCCGCUUUGACCCAGGAACAUCUAUAAAGUACAGCUGUGACCCUGGCUAUGUUCUCGUGGGAAAAGAAUCCAUCCGUUGCACCUCUGAGGGGGUGUGGACACCCACUGCCCCCCAAUGCAAAGUGGCAGAGUGUGAACCUAUAGAAGAGCAAGUCUUUAACAAACCCCAGGAUCAAUUUAUUAGACCAGAUGUUAACUCUUCUUGCGACGAAGGGUACCGGUUAGGUGGGAGUGUUUAUCAGAAGUGCCAAGGUGUGAUUCCUUGGUUUAUGGAGAAUCGUCUAUGUGAAGAAAUCACCUGCCCACCACCUCCUGCCAUCUCUGAUGGGACACACACAGGGAGUUCCUCAGAAUAUGUUCCAUACGGAACCACAGUCACCUACACAUGCAACCCUGGGCCAGAGAGCGGAGUGGAAUUCAACCUCAUUGGGAAGAGUACCAUCCAUUGUACAAGCAAUGACCAAGAGAGGGGCAUCUGGAGUGGCCCUGCCCCUGUCUGCAAACUUUCCCUCCCUGCUGUUCAGUGUGUACCUGCCCAGGUGGAAAAUGGAUACAAGACAUCUGGGAAGGAAGCCCCAUACUUCUAUAAUGACAGUGUGACAUUCAAGUGUCAUCAUGGAUUUACUUUGAAGGGCAGCAGUCAGAUUCGUUGCAAAGCUGAUAGCACCUGGGAUCCUGAAAUACCCGUUUGUGAAAAAGGCUGCCAGCCACCUGUUGGGCUCCAUCAUGGUCAGCAUACAGGUGGAAAUAGGGUCCUCUUUGUCUCUGGGAUGGCUGUAGACUACACCUGUGACCCUGGCUACUUGCUUGUGGGAAACAAAUCCAUUCACUGUAUGCCUUCAGGAAAUUGGAGUCCUUCUCCCCCUCGGUGUGAAGAAGCACCAUGUCAACCUGUGGGAGAAGAUUUUCAAGAGCUUCCCAUUCAUUCACAUGUGAUACCAGUUAAUACAUCCUGUCAAGAUGGGUACCGGUUGACUGGACAUACUUAUCAGAAGUGUCAAGAUGCUGAGAAUAGGGUUUGGUUCCAAAAGACUCCACUUUGUAAAGUAAUUCACUGUCCGCCUCCACCCACGAUUGACAAUGGAAGGCCCAGGGGCGUGAUGGCAGAACCCUUUCUAUAUGGAAAUGAAGUCUCUUAUGAAUGUGACCAAGGAUUCUCUCUUCUGGGAGAGAAAAAUAUACGAUGCAUAAGUGAUUCUAAUGGACAUGGAUCUUGGACUGAACCUCUCCCAAAGUGCUUAAAAUCUCCUCCUGUAAUUCACUGCCCUAGCCCAGAAGUCAAACAUGGGUACCAGCUCAACAAAACUCGUUCUUCAUAUUCCCACAAUGAUACAAUAUAUGUCGCCUGCAAUCCUGGCUUCAUCAUGAACGGCAGUCACGUGAUUAAAUGUCAUACCAAUAACAAAUGGGUGCCAGGUGUACCAACUUGUAUCAAAAAGGCUUUCUUAGGAUGUCAACCUCCGCUUAAGAUACCCAAUGGAAAUCAUACUGGUGGAGAUAUAGCUCGAUUCUCUCCUGGAAUGUCAGUCCUGUACAGCUGUGACCAAGGCUACCUGCUUGUGGGAGAGGCACUCCUUCUUUGCACACAUGAGGGAACCUGGAGCCAAUCUGCCCCUUAUUGUAAAGAGGUAAACUGUAGCUCCCCAGAGUAUAUGAAUGGAAUCCAGAAGGGUCUGGAGCCUGGGAAAAUGUAUCAGUAUGGUGCAGUCGUCACUUUGGAGUGUGAAGAGGGAUAUACCCUGGAAGGCAGUCCCCAGAGCCAGUGUCAGGACGAUCAGGGAUGGAACCCGCCCCUGGCUGUCUGCAAAUCACCAGCCUCACUUGCUCCUCUUCUUAGUGGUCUUUCUGCAGGUUCAGUACUUCUUGUAUUCUUGAUUGGUGUCACCUUAUGCACAAUAUUAAAACACAGAGAACGCAAUUAUUAUACAAAUCAAAUCCCUAAAGAAGGAGAUCUUCAUUUAGAAACACGGGAAGUAUAUUCUAUUGAUCCAUACAACCCAGCAAGCUAAUCAGAAGACAAACUGUGUGCCUUCUUAUUUGGAACAUUGGUUGGGAAGAAACCAUUUUCAUCUCAGCAAGUCUAGGCGUAUGACCUCAGCAUCAGUGAAAUGACUUCAUAAGCUAUAAUUUCCCAUAUGCAGUUAUUCUCAAGCAGAAUGAAGAACGUUCACUUGACAGUAAAGAUGGGAGCCCAGUUUUACCGCCACAUGCUCUUCAAGGACUUUCUGAAGCCUCACCCACAAUAUGCCUGACAUCAGGCUAUAGCUAUAAACCCUUAACUCCAAAAGUAACGCCAUUUUAAGGAAGGCACUAGAAAGAGCUGUCCUCCUAUCGCCACUCUUCUUAUGCAAUCAGUAUACUUACUGUUAUCACACACUUCUGGUUGUAGUAUGGUUUUAAUUAUUUAAGCCAAGUAGAGAAUAUUUCAUGUUGUUAUGAAAUACUUUCGUUGAGAAGUCUAAUUUUAUUUUAAUCAUAGCAUCUUGCUCUCAUAUGGCUGAAUAUUUCUCUUUCAUUUCCACUUGGUUUGAUGGGUUUUUUUUCCCUCACAAUAUAUACUUUGCCUUUUCCCUAAUCAGUAAUUAUAAUUUGCACAAUUUUUUUUCCAUUAUGAGAGUCAAGUUUUAAUUGUACAGUUUUGGUGUACAGAUGCAGGCUUUGGAGAUUUCUUUGGCAGUUCUAUCAGGGCUUUGGUUUCCUUGAAAAUCUGGAUAGCAGGGGCACCU